AAAACAGAACGGCAACCCCGGAGCCUCCCCGUUCAGCUCUCUCUUCUCCCGCUUAUCAAGAGCCUCAGUACAGUCUGUCGGGUUACAGAGACUGGUGGUGGUAGAGGGAGCCCGUGUUCAGUUGGAAACGUGGUGAGAUGGAGAAGGAGGCCACCGGGUAGCACACCAAUAUGGAUGAAAAAGCGACGCAACUAUAUGGAAAAUAAUCAAGCUCUAUGCAUAUCGGAUGGGAACAAAGAAUGACCCGCAUACAAGAAAAACGUUCUUAAGACUGAAAAUAGAUAGAUGAAUGACUAAACAAGCAACCAAACAAACUAACAAGAUAUUCAAAAUGUGUCAAUGAACAGUUAGCAACAAAGGUGCAACGCGGAGAAAUUACAAAGUCAAGUUCAAAGCUGCAUAGCGAAACUUCCAAAGAAAACGGAGUGAGGCGUUUUUAGUAGAGCGUUUCCACGUGCGAAGCUGGCAACAAUGGCAACACUGCACAAAAAAUACAGCGUCAAGCUACUGUUACUACUCCUAGUCGUAGUUUUAGUUACACACCACUUCAUGGCUGGCGUACUAACACAGAGUACACAGCGCAGCGAUAUGAACUCGAAUUCAAACAGUCAGAUGCUAAAGACUGAAGAAGACUGUGAUCAUAAGAUUCCAUUGACUUCCGAAAAUCAAAAAGGAAACUCUAUAGUUACAGAGAAGAUACAGAAAACUACAGAUAAUCACGCGGUGGGGACGGAACGCACGGCGGAGACGGGGACCACGCUCAGAUACGCGACGACAGCAUCAUCCCAAGUUAAAUCCCCGGGGAAUGGAACGCAAGGCCAGGAUAAGGUCAGCCGAGUUGCGACGGCGCGACCUGUUGCCACCCCAGAGCCGCCCAAGAUCCGCCACCCUCCCAACGUCCUCCUCCUGAGUUCGAUGGGCCGCAGCGGGUCGAGCUUCCUGGGCGGCCUCCUGAACUCCCAGCCCGGGGCCUUCUACAUCUUCGAGCCGCUCCACCGGCUGGAGGCGUGGCGCUUGGUGUCGGACGUCAUGGCGCGACAGACCUUCAAGCAGAUCGUCAAGUGCAACUUCACCGGCACUCUCCUCGAUGGGCUGGCGUCGGAACCGGACUUCGCCAUCCGCACUCCCUCGGCUUACUCUUGCAGACUCACGAAAAAGAACCAGACUUGCUUCGACGCCAAAAAACUGAAGACUGCGUGCAAUAAACUACCCAUUAAAAUCAUCAAGACCAUAAGAACGAGAGUGGCUUGGCUGGAGCCCCUCCUGCGGGACCCAGAGGCCAACCUCAUGGUCAUUCACUUAGUGCGGGAUCCGAGGCCGUCCAUCAUAUCGGCCAUCGAGCGGGAGUGGAACAUAAAGCCCGAAAGAAAGUGCAAGGAGUUGGAGGACGACCUGAUCAGCGGACUCCAGCUCGACAAGGCGUUGCCGGGAAGGUACAUGACAGUGCGUUAUGAGGACCUGUGUGAGGACCCCUACAAGAUGGCGCGCAUCAUUUUCUCCUUCUUGGGAUAUAAAAAACUGCCCCUGUCGACACUCAGCUUCCUCGAAAAAUCCACGGCGAAGAGCGACGGCAAAACCUACGGCAUCCAGCGGGACACGACGAAGCAGCAGCAGAAGUGGCGGCAGGAGAUCACGGAGGAGCAGCUGCAGGGCAUCGAGAAAGCGUGCGCCUCCACCAUCGCCUCCGUCGGCUUCAACCUGUUCGCGGACAUCGAACACGCGAGGAACCUGUCUUUGCCUCUCUACGACCCCGCGAAGGCCGGCCGCUUCUUCCCUUACUAUGGCAGGCAAUGAGGCAGGAUUUGCUUCGGUUUCGUGUCACUUUAUUUGACUGGAGUCUGCGGGGAGGGGGUUAGGAUGAUGCGAAUAUCGUUAUCGAUUUUUGUUGGCUUGUUUCUUUAAUAGGGGCCUGUCAUUGCUCGCUAUGGUAAUGUGAAAGGGGGGAGGGUUAGCUUUCGUUACUUUUUUCAUUAUUUUUAUCAUUUUUAUUAUCGUCAUUAUUAUUAUUAUUAUUGUGGUUACUAGCAUCAUCAUUAUUAUUGUGAUUAUCAUUAUCAUUAUUAUUGUGAUUAUUGUUAUCAACAUUGUUAUUGAUAUUAUUAUUAAUAUUAAUAUUAUCAUUACUAUUACUUCUAUGAAGCAUGUAUUGAAGAGCACACUAUCAGAAAGACAGUACGCAUAAUAAACAAGAGAGAGAGAGAGAGAGAGAGAGAGAGAGAGAGAGAGAGAGAGAGAGAGAGAGAGAGAGAGAGAGAGAGAGAGAGAGAGAGAGAGAGAGAGAGAGAGAGAGAGAAAUUUUAAAGUGUACGACGUAUUGGCUAGCUAGGUGAGCCAAACAGAUAAUGAAUAUACGUUGAAUAGCGUUUAAUUCUGUUUACAAGUGCUAUAUACAUUUCGUUUAGUAACGAUUGCACCACAGUCGAUAAUUGCUACACUGACUCGUCUAUAAUCGAAUUUUAAAUGAUUUUCUGUAAUCAUACACUAUUUACUCCAUUAAGAACAAAUUGAUUCAAUCUUAAUUUUGGAAUGGAUUAAAGUGUCUGAAAAUCAGAGAAAAGUACGAGACCGCAAAUGUAUUAGUUAUAUUGACUGCUUUUUUCAGAUAAUGAUACGAACAAGAUCAUCUGAUCCGUUGCCAUCAACAGUGAGACCUAUAUGUGUAUAUAAAAUGAAAAGCUAUAUUGCUACCUGACAUGUAACUAAUCUGUACAUUGCUGAUUAAUAGCUGCUAGUUAUAUACUUUUUGAUAUUUCGGCACUUUUAUAUACAUAUGUAUAUAUUAGGGGAGAUAUAAAAUUAUAUUACCGUUUGACAUAUUUAUUUAAUUUAAAGAAAAUUUUGUUUUUUUCCAACAGUUAUAAUAAAGAUUUUCAAGUAA